AUGAGCGGGAUCUCGUGGGCACGGCGGCAUCUGAGGAAAUUUGGGCAAAUGUCGACCACUCUCCAUGCGCCACCAUCGUCGGCGCGAACAUAUCAGAGAAGGACCGAGCACAAGGCACAAACUGGGAACGAGCACGAGGAGAGUUACGUGCUCACACUGCACACCAACAAGGAGCACCACAAGCUGAUGACAUCGCUUCGAGAACGGUACUUUCCCCCCGCGCUCAACAAACUCGACGCCCACAUUGCGGUGUUCCGCGCGCUCCCAGGAUCACAACUGCCUCGGAUCAUGCGCGACAUCGCCAGCGUCGCGGCAUUACAGAGGCCCUUCUCGAUCACCGCGGAUGUGCCGUUUCGCAUGAGACGGGGCGUAGGCAUCCGCGUGGUCGAUGAAUCUGGUCAAGCGAAAGGCAUUCACGAGGAGCUGAAAGCUCGAUGGAGGCCGUUCCUCAGCCAUCAGGAUCGGAGCUUUCAACCCCAUUAUACGGUUCAGAACAAGGUGGACGAUGAAGCCGUCGUCAAUGACACACUCGAGGAGCUUGCACAUCACUUUCAUGGCAGUCAAGGCGAGGUCGUUGGGUUGGCUCUGUACAAGUAUGACCGUGGAUUCUGGAGAAAGGAAAGAGAUUUCACUUUUGAGGCCGGAGGCUCAUGA